GUAUUAGUAAUAAUAAACCCUCGAUAUCUCCUACCAAAUAGACCGUUUAAAUCAUAAAACUCCCCUCUCUCUCUCUCUCUCACACCGACGCUGUGUCCGAUUACGACAGUAGGUAAAUUUUGAAAACGACGAUGGCGUCGUCGUCUAGCAGCGGCUUAACGUUCAAGCUACAUCCUUUAGUCAUAGUCAACAUAUCAGAUCACUACACGCGUGUCAAAUCUCAGAUGAACCCUCCCGUUACCACCACCACCAACGGAGGCAGCGAUGGCGGAGGAGAAAAUACUGUCUCAUUGGCGCCACCGAGAGUGUACGGAUGCGUAAUAGGAGUACAAAGAGGACGCACCGUUGAGAUUUUUAACAGUUUUGAACUUCUUUAUGAUCCUAUUACUCAUUCUCUUGAUCGUGCUUUUCUUGAGAAGAAGCAAGAGCUUUAUAAGAAGGUCUUUCCUCACUUUUAUAUAUUGGGUUGGUAUUCAACGGGCAGUGACGCUGAGGAAUCUGAUAUGCAUAUCCAUAAAGCUUUGAUGGAUAUUAAUGAAAGUCCUGUUUAUGUUCUACUCAAUCCUUCAAUCAAUCCUGCUCAGAAGGAUCUGCCUGUGAUUAUCUAUGAAAGUGAGCUGCAUGUCAUAGACGGAAUUCCACAACUUAUUUUUGUUCGUUCAAGUUAUACAAUUGAGACAGUGGAAGCUGAACGAAUCUCAGUUGAUCAUGUGGCGCACCUUAAGCCCUCUGAUGGAGGCUCUGCAGCAACUCAAUUGGCUGCUCAUCUUACUGGCAUACAUAGUGCGAUCAAGAUGUUAAAUAGCAGAAUUAGGGUGCUUCAUCACUAUCUUGCAGCAAUGCAAAAAGGUGAAAUUCCUUGUGAGAACUCAUUGUUAAGACAAGUUUCAAGCCUUUUGAGAAGACUGCCAGCCAUUGAAUCAGAAAAAUUUCAAGAUGAUUUCUUGAUGGAAUACAAUGAUACGUUGUUAAUCACUUACCUGGCCAUGUUUACUAACUGCUCAAGCACAAUGAAUGAGCUAGUUGACAAAUUCAACACUGCCUAUGACAGGCAUAGUCGAAGGGGUGGACGAACUGCUUUUAUCUGAAAGUUGCUAGCUCUUAUAUGGCAAUUAAUGCUUGAUUUGAUAAUCAUAUGAGAUCAAGUGCCUUUUUCUUUUCUUAUCUGUUAUUAUUUUUAUUAAUUUUUUUUUUUUUUUGGUUCCCUCUUUUUAAUGUGCAUAGCACAUAGAAGCGCAGGAAUAUAUUUCCUAACAAUUAAGAAAGAAAUAGAAAUGGAUCAGAUUUCCUGGUGCCUGUCUUCUUGGUGAGGAAAUAUAUGGUAAAAAACCAGCACUGUGAUUAUGGUGUUUGUUUAGAUUCAGGGAACUAUUUAAUUAGUAUUAUAGCUAUUUUGGUUCGCCCGACCAGUUCAGAUCAGAUCAAGUUCUUGCACAAGGGGUCAAUUAAAUUUAAGAAAGAUGUGUACUGAGCUGUCAGAUCUUCGUUUUCAAAUAUGCCUACUUCUGCUUCUUCCCUUUUUCUUUUA